AUGCUCGCUUGCCAAAAUGCUCUCAUGGCAAGAUUUGCCGCUGGUCAGGUCUGCAAGGCUUUAGGGGUGCGGCUUGUUGCAAAUCCUCAAGUUGUCCAGUUGGCCAAAAAUGCAGGAUAUGAUAGCGUCUUCAUCGACUUGGAACAUUCAACACUAUCCCUCAACGAUGCGAGUAAUCUAUGCAUUGCAGGGCUCAACAUAGGCAUAACGCCUUUUGUCAGAGUGCCACACCAAUGCGGUAAUGGCUUCGUACAAAAGGUCCUUGACGGAGGUUCGAUGGGCAUUAUCUUUCCACAUGUAACCAGUGCAGCGGAAGCAAAGGCCGCGGUAGCUAUAUCUAAAUAUCCACCACAGGGAUGCCGAUCAAUGACAGGCCAACUACCUGUGAUAUCCCUCAAGACAUUCCCUCAACCCCAAGUGAUCAACGAGAUCAACACAUCAGCAUCGACCGUCUUUGUUAUGAUAGAAAACAAGUCUGCCGUUGAGAAGAUCGACGAAAUUGCAGCAGUCGACGGAGUCGAUGUGGUUCUGGUAGGAUCCAAUGAUCUGGCAAUUGAGCUCGGCGUCCCUGGAGAGUUUCGUAGCGAAAUCCUUCGUGGUGCUUUGACUGAAGUCAGUAAAGCCUGUAAGAAGUAUGGUAAGGUCAUGGGUCUCGCGGGCAUAUAUGAUCAGGCAGACAUCCACGACUGGGCGAUUCAUUCGUUGGGUGUGCGUUUCAUGUUAUGUCAGCAAGACUCGGGCUUGAUCGCAGGAGGUGCAGUGAAAUGUCUGGCUGCUGUGCAAGAUGUUGAGAAUGGUCCUCCCGUAAAACAUUAG